CGAGGCUUUGAAGUCGGAACUUUUCAAACAUCAAAUUCUUUCCCAAUUUCGUUUCAAGGAAGAAGGACGUGUAUCAGUCUACUUCUAAUGGCAAUUGCUGAACUCAGGUGCCGAAGUGUUUGCUGGAAAUCUGUGAAUAGGUGACACUGGCAUUUUAAGUAUGGACGAGCCUGUUGAUUCCAAAACUGUGGAUCCUUCGAGCGUGGAUCGGUUUCCCAAGCAAAAGGCUUUCAAUCUGGGUGACGUUGUGACCGAUGCGGCCAAAAUUCUCACCGAGGAGGAAAGGACCAAAUUGGAGGAGCAGAACAAACGCCUUGUGACGCCAUUCCAAGCGCUGAAAUUAGAGCAAGAGGCCCGCAAGCAUUGGGAUUUGUUCUACAAGCGAAAUGAAAACCGGUUCUUCAAAGAUCGCCACUGGACGACGCGUGAGUUUAGCGAGCUGCUGGCGGGUGAAGAUCCGGCAGCCGCUGCUAGCUCCUCGCCACUGGCCAAGCCGGACAACGUGGAAAGGAUAAGCGUUGAGAAAAAGCUGCUAGAAAUUGGGUGCGGUGUUGGGAAUUUAAUAUUUCCUCUAAUCGAAGACGGGCAUCGUGACUACUUCAUCUAUGCGUGUGAUCUGUCACCACGUGCCGUGGAGCUGGUGCGGAAACAUAACCUGUACGAUGAGCGGUACAUGAAAGCGUUCGCCUGCGACAUCACGACGGAGGAAGUGUUCCAGGCGCUACCCGAGGCCAGCCUGGACAUAGUUACGCUGAUCUUCGUACUGUCCGCUAUACAUCCGGAAAAGUUCCAAUCGACGGUGGCCAACAUUUACCGGCUGUUGAAGCCGGGAGGGGUUGUGCUGUUCCGCGAUUACGGCCUGUACGAUAUGGCUCAGUUACGGUUCAAGCCAGGGCAUAAGAUAGCGGAAAAUUUCUACAUGCGACAGGACGGUACGAGAAGCUACUACUUUGCCGAGGAGGAAGUAUCGAAAUUGUUCUGCCAGACCGGCUUUACGGUGAUGGUGAACAGCUACAUUCAUCGGCGCACGGUAAACCCAAAGGAAAAUAUCGAUGUGCCAAGAAUAUUUGUCCAGGGGAAGUUUCUAAAACCGGAGCAAACAUAAGGAAAAAUCAUUCACGAAGAAAUUUCUUUCGAAGCCCCCAAAGUGCUCGUUCUCACACUCACUUUCAGUGAUCCUCAUCAUUUGAAGAGGAACUGUUUUCUGGUGGAAUGGAUGUCUCCGACUUUUAGAACGUACACGCUAUAAUAAUCCAAAGAUUUUGACUGGAAGUUGCUGUAAUAUAAAAUACUUACCGGUAUCUUAAAGAAGGUGCAUGAUAUUCUUUGUAGCUUAACUAGGCUCAAAGUCAGUGAAACUUUCUUCAUCGCACAUUGGGUCAUCCACCAGACUUCCAUCCAGGACCGUGGAAUAUGGAAUGGAAUAACUGUUGCAAGUUCUGGCCUUCCGACAAACGGUGUGAUCUUCAACGGCAUUGGUCUUUGUUUAUUCCAAUUUGUAUAUUUUUACCACCAGUGAAAAUCAGAAAAUAAAACAGAUAUUAUUCAAUUCUGUAUAA